CAGGAAGUACUUUUAACUCACACAGACCAGAAUCAAAAGUCCUCUAUGGCUUGGUUUGCUGGACUGUGGACCAUGAAGAACAGACACCCAAUCUUGCUUCUUCUGGCCCUGUGCGUCUUGCUGAGUCCACAGGGAGCUGGAGCCCAGCAUGGCCCUGCAUGUGCUAAGUGGUGUCCUCCGAACUCUGUAUGUGUCAGUGGCACCACCUGUCGCUGCAAGCUGGGAUUCAGUCCACCUGAUAAGCUCAUCACCAGUCCCACGGGGACCUGUGACGACAUUGACGAGUGUGCUGCACCCCUGAAAGUGUCUUGUGGCAAGUUUGCGGACUGUGAGAACACGGAGGGGAGCUACUACUGCACCUGCAGCCCGGGAUAUGAGCUCGAGUCCGGGGGAAAGAAUUUCAGCAACGAGAGUGAGAACACGUGUCGAGAUGUGAACGAAUGCAUCUCUGGACAAAACCCGUGCCACCGCUCUGCCCACUGCAUCAACAAACCUGGAGGCCACCGGUGCCAAUGCCGACGCGGCUGGAGGCCGAUCCCUGGCUCCGCCGACGGCCCAGACAGCACCGAGUGCGAAGAUGUGGACGAGUGCAGCUCUGGACAGCAUCAAUGCCACAACUCCACCGUCUGCAGCAACACCUUGGGGUCCUACAAGUGCCGCUGCCGCCCUGGCUGGGAGCCGGCUCCUGGGUCCCCCAAUGGCCCCAAGAGCACAGUGUGCAGAGAGAUCCCACUCCCCACCUGGACCCGGCCCGCGGGAGUCCACAGCCAGAGUCUCUCCCACUUCUUGGACAAAGUUCAGAAUCUGAGCAGAGACUUCAAGCCAGUCAAGGCCCAGAACAUCAUCCAGGGUGUUUUGCAGGCUGUGGAUGAGUUUCUGGAGACCCCUGGGGACGUGAAGACUCUGCCAGGCUCACAGCAGCACUGUGUGGCCACUCACCUGCUCCUGGACUUGGAGGGUGUCUUAAGAGUCCUGAGCCAAGCCAUGCCUGAGGGGUCAGCCACCUUCAAUUAUUCUGCAGGCUCCGAACUGUCCCUGGAUGUGCAGGAACAAAGGGAAGGGCAUGUCACCUUGAGUCAGAAUAAGGCAGAGAUGCAGUUGAGCUGGGAUCUGGCGCAGGAACCUGGGAACAGAGGCCCAUCUGUGGUGGGCCUCAUGUCCCUGCCAGGGAUGGGCAGGUUGCUGGCUGAGGCUCCUCUGGUCCUGGAGCCUGAGCAGGAGAUGGCUAAUGAGAUAAACAAGGGCUCGCUGCAGGUGGCCUCCCUGGUCCUGCUCUCAGACGUCAUUUCAGCCUUCCUGAGCAACACAGACACCUGGAACCUCAGCUCCCCGGUUACCUUCACCUUCUCCCACCUUCAGGUGACAACCAGCCCAAGGCAUCAGGUACUCUGUGUGUUCUGGGACCAUGACCAGAGUGGAUGUGGUCACUGGGCCACCACAGGCUGCAGGACGAUGGGCACCAAAGACACCAGCACCACCUGCAGCUGCUCCCACCUCAGCAGCUUUGCCGUGCUCAUGGCCCACUACCCCACACAGGAGGAAGACCUGGCGCUGACUGUCAUCACCUAUGUAGGGCUCAGCCUGUCUCUGCUGUGCCUCCUCCUGGCGGCCCUCACCUUCCUGCUGUGCAAGGCCAUCCAGAACACCAGCACCUCGCUGCACCUGCACCUCUCCAUCUGCCUCUUCCUGGCCCACCUCCUCUUCCUCACGGCGAUCGACCGAACGGAGCCCAAG